AUGAUUGGAGAAGCUGUUGAUAUGGAAAUUCAUGCGUCUUGGCUAACUCUGGAAACAGUUCGGUUGGCUACAGCGGCUCAAGGUAGGGAACGGAAUAGUGAUGCUAAAUCACUGGAUAUUGCCAUUAACAGUAUCUUGGAGUACAAUGGUGGUGCCUUGAUUGCCAUGAAGGGCAAGAACUGUGUCGCAAUAGCUGCAGACAGACGAUUUGGUGUACAGGCAUUGACAUUGGGAACAGACCAUCAAAAGAUAUUCAGCAUCCAUGAUAAACUCUUUGUUGGGCUUGCUGGGCUCGCUACUGAUGUACAGACAUUGUCGCAACGCUUACGAUUUUCAGUCAACAUGUAUAAAUUGAGGGAAGAACGAGACAUCAAGCCAAAAACUUUUGCUCAUUUGAUGUCGUCUACGUUAUAUGGCAAGAGGUUUGGACCCUGGUUUACUGAACCCGUAAUCGCUGGUGUCGAAACAGACGGAACACCAUUCAUAUGUUCAACAGACUUGAUUGGUUGCAUCAACUUUGCCAAAGACUUUGUGGUGACGGGCACCGCUUCAAAUCAAUUAUACGGAAUGUGCGAAUCUCUGUGGGAACCUGAUCUAGAACCAGAAGACUUGUUUGAAGUCAUAUCACAAGCAUUAUUGAAUGCUGUUGAUCGUGAUGCAAUCUCAGGUUGGGGAGCAACUGUACAUGUCGUUACAGCUGAUGCCGUCAUGACGAGGAUGUUGAAGGGCAGAAUGGAUUAA